UGGAUUACUAAUAAUAAUUGGACCUAAUGUGAACCGAAAGCCCAAACUUGAAAUACGAAAGCCUUCUUCUCCGAAUCCUCUUCCCCUUUCUCUGUAAACAAUCAAUGGAGUCCAAACCCUCGAGCGGAUUCGGACCCUCCAGUAGUCCUCUACUGUCUCUCUCCACCUUCGUCCACCAGCACUGCUCCCGACUCGGUGCUGAACUCGCUAACCGAUUCGACGAAGCGAAACGGCUGAGUUCUAAAAUCGCCGCCGAUUUUAUGCAGCAGCCGCUGCCAGCGGCGAUAGGGAGGAGUUGUUCGUUGCCGUUGCAUUCUUAUCAUCUAUCUCUUCCGUUCGCUUCGGUGUCGCAGCGUCAAGAGAAGGUCGCUAAAAAUACCGGUUUGAGCUCGGAUUAUGUUGCUAAGACAUUAACUGGAACUUCUGUAUACACAGUUAGCAAUUCUAACAAUGAAUUCGUGCUCAUUUCGGACCCGAAUAGUGCGAAGUCAAUCGGAUUAUUGUGCUUCCGUCAAGAGGACGCCGAGGCAUUUCUUGCUCAGGUACGGUUGCGGAAGAAGGAAGUGAGAGGUGGAGCUAAGGUAGUUCCGUUGACACUUGAUCAGGUUUACAUGUUGAAGGUUGAAGGAAUCGCAUUUCGUUUUUUGCCAGAUCCCGUUCAAAUUAAGAAUGCAAUGGAGUUAAAAGCUUCUGAUGUAAAGACUGGAUUUGAUGGAGUCCCUGUUUUCCAGUCAGAUCUCCUAGUUGUGAAAAAGAGAAACAGACGAUACUGUCCAAUAUACUUUCGAAAGGAGGAUAUAGAAAAGGAGUUAUCAUCAAGGGCAUUGAGAGGAUCUAGUGUCUCUCAGCACAUCAUGGUAGGGACUUUGGAAGAUGUCCUGAAAAAAAUGGAGAUAAGUCAGAGAAAUUCUGGCUGGGAGGACCUUAUCUUUAUUCCCCCUGGUAAAAGUCAUUCACAGCACAUUCAAGAUGUUACUAAAGCAUAAAUUUCUUGCAAGCAGCUCCUGUUUGAAACAAAUCAAUAUAGAGGCAGGUUCACAUUCUCAUCUGCACUUGGUCGACCCGAAUAAUCCAAAUAGUUAAGCUCCGUAUGCUUUCUACCUCUGACUUGUUUUAUCAGUAGUUUCUAGAAGCUUUUACUAAUUUCGUCAUAUGUUCAGAUACUGCUGGAUUAGCUUUAAGAAGAUACAUAAAUGAUCAAGUUCUUGCUUGAAUAUUUAAUGGAGGGAACAACUAACAUGUUGUACAUUAAAAGACAAUGAGUUGGUAAACUAGAGGCACAAUUUACUUUGUAUCUGUCAUCUGUACAUUGCACAAGUUGAAUUGUUGAACUAUGUUUUGACUCUUUAUAUUGAUGAGGUAAAUUAUCCCAGGAUGAUCUCUCAUUUUAUUUGAGAAUGAAUGAAACGAUAACAAGUUAUGAUA